AUGGAUCGAAACACCCUCGCGCAGAGCCUCGUCGGGGUUCCCGUUCAAGACCUGCUGGCUGUCCUCCCUAACAACACCCUCCGUCAUGUUGCAACCCAGCUCCACCCGAACGGCGCUCAUGAAGUCGCCUCGGGCAGCCAGGAUUCCUCUGUUGUCCGCGCCAAGCGCCCUCUGAAUGCCUUCAUGGCUUUCCGCACCUACUAUCUGAAGAUGUUCCCCGACGUUCAGCAGAAGACUGUUUCCGGCUUUUUGACCACGCUCUGGAACAAAGAGUCUCAACGCAACAAAUGGGCCCUCAUUGCCAAGGUCUACUCCUUCGUCCGCGACCAUCUGGGAAAGGGCAAGGUCAACCUGGCCGCCUUCCUCGCUCUUUGCUGCCCAAUCAUGCGCAUGAUUGACCCCGCCGACUACCUUGAUACUCUGGGCUGGGUUGUUCAAGAGAAUCCUGAGGGCGCGAUGACCAUCACCCAGGUCCAGGAUGACGAGCAUUCUGUUGAGUCUACCAGCGCCCCCGAUGCCUAUCCCACAUCUGAGAUCGAGCUCCUUGCCUCCCUCAUCGAGUCUGGAUAUCUCCCUGAGCAUGGACCUGGCCUCAUUCAACUCAUGAGUCAGAACAACAACGGUAUCAUGACCCUGAGUGUCGACAAGGUUGACAAGAAGAAGGAGUUCAUCGAUGCACUCGUCAAGGACCCAUACCAGGCGACGGAGCAGAUUCUUGGUGCCGUCUACGACCAUACCUACUUUCAGCGUAUGUCGAUCUACUCCUGGGAGACUCUCGACCUUGGGGAUUUCAGUCACAUCCCCAUCACUAUCCCAUACCCCCCCACCAAUGAACCCUACCCUUUCCAUGACGAUAACCGCCCUGGCGUUCCGACUUCGAUGCCCUUCGACGCUCAUCUUACCCCCGCCCAACGCGCCUACGAAAAGCAACUCAACGAAGUCGCUGGCGCCUGGGACAUGGACGAUUCUUACGUCGCUGGAUACAUUGCCGAGAUCUCCUUCUUCACAGACCCUAACGGUGCAGUCUACGGCGUCUACGGUGGGCUCCAGUGA